UGUUCAGCGCUGGUGAAAUUCCAACAUGGCAGUGGCUGUGGUCAGUGUCUCCUGCGUUAACUUGGGAUGGUUUCAGCUCACACGCAACCCGGCUUAACCUCGGCACCUCGCUCAUCAGCAGGACCCCUCCCAGGGAUCGAUGCGACCAUAACACUCGCCCCCCCACACACGCUCUCUCACACAUACACACACACACGCACACACGUGAGAGGUCGACCUGUCACUGGAGAGGCGAGAGAGGGAGAGAGAGAGAGAGCACGACAUGAUCAGCAGCAGCAGCGUCUAUGGCGUAAAGAUGCAGUGGACCCCCGAGCACAGCCAGUGGGCCGAACAGCAUUUUGACAUUUCGUCCACCACGCGCUCGCCAGCCCACAAGGCUGAGGCAUACAGGGCAGUACCUGGCCACCUGCAGCGCUCGGCCACCUACCAAUAUGCCUGGGCCAAUGACGACAUCUCGGCCCUCACUGCCUCCAACCUGCUCAAGAAGUACGCUGAGAAGUACUCUGGUAUUCUGGAUAUGCCGGGCUCAUAUUCCGAGACGCCUGGUGUCCCAGGAGUGAUGAAUGGACGGAAAGGUGAAUCUGAGCCCUGGCAGGAUGGUGUCUACCCCAUGAGCUGUAUCCCAGAGGGCAUUUCCGUCAGGAAAGGGGGGGUGGCGGCAGCUUCAGAGGUGGUGUCUGGCAUGUGCAGCUCUCCGGGCCUGGCUUCCAGCACCCUGAGUGAGCCCAGCUACUCCAGCAGUAGCUGUGGGAGCCACACGGCAACUGCCCUGCACUCUUCCUCCAUGCCCUCUCAGGAAUAUGGCCCCGCGUACAGCAGCUCGUACCUGCACAGCAGUUACAGCUCCCAGUCUACCCCCGCCCCGGCACUUCCAUCCCCACUGCACAGCUCUGGGCUACUGCAACCACCUCCUCCUCCUCCACCCUCCCACCCCACUAUAGUCCCAGCUUACAAUGGAGGCUCCCCCAACUUGUCUAGUUAUAAUUACCCCCCAGCAGGCUACCCAGCUCAAAACUCAGUUGGGCCAGGAUAUAGCCCUGGAGGAGCCCCCCCUCCCUCCUCGUACCUUCCCUCAGGCAUUGCUGCACCUACACCCCUUGCUCCCUCUUCUGCUUUACCUGGAUACCCAUACCAGAGCCACAACCUGACCCCAAUUGCCCCAACCCCUCUCAACAAUAGCUCCUCCAACUCCCUAAAGAGGAAAGCCUUCUACAUGACAGGUCAAGGAGAGAUAGACUCCUCUUAUGGUAACUUUGGCUACAGCCAGGCAAGGAGCUCAGCUGAGAGUCCCAUGUACAGGGUAGCAGAUAGCAGCAGUACAAAUGGAGGCUCCAACAGUGCCAGUGGUGGUGGGUUUGACAGGAGUGCUGAGAAGUCAUCUUUAACUUUUAAUCCUCAGAAACAAUCCACCAUUGCAUCAGAGCAGCAGAGGAAGUACAGCAGCCAGGCAACUGGUGGGCCACUGACUCCACCAGCCUACGUCUCCUCCACCCUGGGGGGUUCCCGCUCAGCAGACUCUAUUCCCAGCUUUACCUCCCCCUCCCUCAGUGAGCAAGGUCCUGAAGACCACCGUCUCCACCUUUCUCACUCAGCACCUGGACCUACCUCCUCAUCAUCCACUUCCAACUCCCGGCCUGCUGAAGAACAACUAAAAACCAGUGAUCCUCACCUCCUGGACAUGGUUACCUCUGAAAUUGUACAGCAGGGUCCCCCGGUGGAUUGGAGUGACAUUGCAGGUCUAGAACUCGCCAAGGCUACCCUGAAGGAAGAGGUCCUGUGGCCCAUUCUGCGUCCAGACAUGUUCAGCAGUUUAGGACCAGCCCCGCGUUGUGUGUUGCUGUUUGGCCCCAGGGGCAGUGGCAGGACGUUGCUGGGACGUUGCCUGGCAAGUCAGCUGGGGGCACCAUUCCUACAGCUCAGCGGCUCAACACUGGCCACAAAGUGGCUGGCGGAUGGAGAAAAAAUCAUCCGAGCAUCAUUCCUAGUGGCACGGUGCCGGCAGCCCUCAGUACUGUUCAUUAGUGAAGUGGACAUGCUCUUGUCUGCCCACCUCAGUGAAGAGAGCCCUAUCAAUCGACUUAAAGGUGAACUUCUUGCCCAGUUAGACUCACUUCUUAUGGGCUCGGGCGAAGAUGGAGGCAACCAAGUAUUGGUGGUUUGCUCCACAAGCAGACCACAGGAUAUGGAUGAAGGACUGCGCAGGUACUUUUCCCGGAGGGUCCUGGUGCCUCUGCCGGAUAGCGCAGCUCGACACCAGAUCAUGAACCAGCUCUUGGCCCAAUCUCAGCACAAAUACUGUUUGAGCGAGGAGGAGCUGGCGCUGCUGGUCCAGCGUACAGAGGGUUUCUCAGGACUGGAUCUGGCCAGACUCUGCCAGGAGGCUCUUGUAGGUCUGUUACAUGUCUCUGCACAGGGCGUGGACAUGACUGGUAUGAUGCCCAGGGGACAAAUCAGGCCCCUCACCUACCAGGACAUUGAGAGUGUCUUCUGUAAAUUCCAAGCAAGUGUAUCACAGAAAGAGAUUGACACUUACACUGAGUGGAACAAAAUGUUUGGUUGCAGUCAGUGAAAAGAUAGAUUUCGCCCUUGAGAAGAAGAGGUUUCCACAAUUCCUCCCCUCAGGGCAGAAGCAUUGUGCUGAAGGGGAAAGGCACACAAAAGGCCAACACAAGCUCUCACAAGCAGGGUUUAGAUGCACCAAGAGAGUCGCUUUGAUGAGACAACUGGCAAUUUUGCAGUUAAUGAACAAGAGUUUUUAUUUGAAUGCUCGACACUCCAGAAAGCCAGGGAUUGUUUACACAUUGCAAGCAAGUUGGCUUCAGACAAGACACCCCAGUGUCUGUGUAUAUAUUGUUAUGUUGUUGUUCUUGAGAUUUAGUUGGCUAUCCAAGUGCCUGAAGUGGUGCUUUCUGAGUUUAUUUGUUUAUUUGCCUCACAAUCUACAUUCAUGGCAUGAGCUGAUAAUUAUUAAGAGCUUUAAAAACUUCAGCGGCGUGUCUGAAAGAGCCAGACGGACAGUCACCAUUGGUGGUGGUCAAUUGACCUUUAUUGUCUUACUAAGAGCAGAAAUCCAUUUGGACUGCAGUAACCUGGGCCCCUGACUCUCACCCAUGUUUCUGAUCCUGUGUCUGCAAAACAAGCAAACGUAACGAACCAACAACCAACACUCAGGAAAGCGUUUGUGAAUUGUACAGUACCUCAAGACAUUUUCACGAAAAGCACUAAGACCUGAGAGGAGAAUCUGGCAGUGUUAGGUGUACCUCAAAAGACUAGGCUAAAUAGCAAAGAGGUGGCAAUGAAUGUACUAAAUGUGUUCUGGAUUGGCGGAACAUAUUCUAUAGUGAGAGUAAAAACAUUUUGUCCUUUUUUCCCCCUGACUGCAGGUGCUUUAGUUACCUGUUUCUACUUGACCAAUCCUUGUGAGCUUAUUCCCAUUGCUGUUUCAAAAUAUAAAACUGUGUUGUUUUGGGGUUUUAAAAGAUGGGCAGGUGUUGGGGUGGUGGGAGUUGUACAUUAAUUGAAACAACCAUAAUCAACAUUGUCUAUAAUACAUGAUCUAGGCUAUAUGGUUUAGCUGCAUGGAACCGCAUCAGUUUAUCAGCUAACUCCUGCGCAAAAUAUUCAUCAUACAAUAAGCGAGGUAUUCUCUGAUCUUGAUGAACUUAAACAAAUGGAAGGAAUCAUUCCUCAUAUAAAUAUACUUAUUUGCUUUUUUAACUGAGAGAUCAGGCUAGUACCAACAGCUGUUUACGUUAGCUUGGCAUAAAAUAUGUUAGCCUGUAAGACUACAGCAUGUUAAAGUUAACCAGUUAACUUUUUAAACACUUAACAGUGUUUUUACAGGGAUUUUGCAAUGCCAAGCUAACGGGCAAAUGUUUGUAGACUUGGCUAUCUUUCAUAAAGAGAACAAAUAAAUGUAUUUCUCCAAAAUAUCAGUGAUAUCAAAGAAAAAAUACUGUCUUUUUGUGUGGGUAUUAGAUUAUUGUUUGACUUGGUCUUGUUAGCAUGGUCUUGAGGAAAGCAUGUUUGUCAGUCAGCAUCAAGAAAGCGAGGCUUGGAUAUUGCCCUUACCGAGUCCAACUGAAAUCAUAUUUAGUUAUUUUUUGCAAUAUAAAAAAAUGUCAUAUAUAAAUAUGCUUUUAAAUUAACUUUUAACUUUGAUAUCAUUAAAAGAACAGAACAUGCUCAUACAACCAUAAAUACCAAUCAGACAUUGUAACAUUUAUGCUGUGACUAAAAUAGGAGCGCUACGAAAUUAUGGGUCAUAUCAUAACUGUGUAGGUGCAACAUUUUACAAAAAUUACAUUAUUGCUUUUAUUUGCUAUAUUUUAUUGAGGUCUUCAACUAUUACUGGUGUUUAUUUAGAAAAAAUUGAAAAUUAAUAGUAAGUCUAUUUUCCAUUGUGAAAAUGAAACUAAAUAAGAAGUGAAAUAUAAGAAUAUGGUUACAGUUUUUGCAAAAAAAAAAAAAAAUCUCUUGCUGAUUUAGUCACGUGACCUCUAAGGCCCUCUUAGCAAACGACUUUAACGGUUCUUUGGGACAGACAACAAAAAAA